AUGGCGAGCCUUCUUUCAAACUACGAAGCGGAGUUCAAAACAACGCUCGAGCAAGCGAAAACCCUUCUUUCAGUCGCGCCUUCGCAGCCUGUAAGCCAAAGAAACGGGACACUUAAGGAGGUUGAGCAACAGCAAGAUGAGCUGCUGGAUCUGGUAGACCAGAUGGAAAUAGAGGUUAACAAUGGCGCACUCGAUAAUGCAGCACGUUCAUCUUUUAAGGCUAAGCUCCGUGAAUACAAGAAACAUGUUCAAAGUGACGUGAAGUCGCCGCUUCAGCAGCUAAUGGAUUCGCGCAACAGAGACCUGCUAUUCCAAGGUAGAGCGGGUGAAGGGGAGCCUGGCGAAAGCGACGAUCAACGGCAGCAACUCUUGUCAAAUCACGCAAUUCUGUCGCGCACAGGUGAUAAAUUGCGGGACGCUACAAGGAUAGCAGUUGACACUGAGGGCGUUGGCUCGCAGAUUAUGAUGGAUCUAAGAUCCCAACGUGAAACUCUCGAGAACGCAAGACAGACGCUGUUCCAGGCUGAUUCAUACGUGGACAAAAGCAUCAGAACGCUGAAAACCAUGAGCAGAAGGCUAGUGGCUAACAAGUUUAUCAGCUACGCCAUCAUUGCUGUGUUGAUCCUCCUCAUUCUGCUAGUUCUGUUCUCAAAAUUCAAGUAG